AUUAAAACGUUAAUUUUAAAGAGCGACGCAGUCUAUCUUGUUCAUUUCCGUCAUUAGGAAACAUUAGUUACUUAUCCGUUUGUCAUUAAAUUACUAUGAUUGGAAAAAUAUACACUUUAGUCGUGUGCUUUAUUAAGUGGUAAGAAAUAUUAGAUGUAACGUAAAUAUUUGAAUUAUCAAAAUUAUUUAGAGUAAUUUCUCAAAACUCACUUUUCACAAGCUGGAAAAUAUGAACCAAAAUGUUUUAAACGUUUUACGUAGGAUCAUAUUAUUAUUUGAGUGAAUGCUUUUUGUUAACCGUAUCUUAAUAGAAAUCAAUUAUAUAACUUGAAAUCUGGAAAAAGCAAAUAUGUAAUUGUUAUUUCAAGGUAUAUCUGCUGCAUUUUUAAGUGAAUAAGUUUUUAAAAUGCAUCUCGUUGUGCAAAAUGCAUUCCAUUACAAUGGAAAUUUCCCAUCUUUUCGUCAGCCUACAGAAAUUGGUUGUUUUUCAUUGGAUGGGGAAAGACAAUUUCAUGAUGAUAAUCAUCAAUUAAAAUAUCUAGUUAUGCCUCGGUCUAUAACGGGAUUACACAUGGAUUUGAACAAAGGUUACUCUGAAGCAAUUAAAAAAGAUUUUCAGAAAAAAGAAAAGAUAGAUACGAUGCUAAGAUGGAUAUUAGCACAUCAAGAAAAAGUGAAGAAUGUUUUCAUGAUACAUGGAACAAAUACAAUUAAAAUAGAUUUUGUCUGCUUUCGUGGCCUUCUGACUGAAAUCUGUUCUACAACAUAUGAAAAUAAGGAAGACUGGUUGAUAUGUGCUACAAAGUACAAAUCAGUUAUAUUUUUAUGUGGAUUUGACACAGAACAGGAUGUCCAACGGAGAGAAAAAAUGACUGAGAGGGACAAGCUAAUGUCCUCAUGGGGUUAUAAAUUUGAACAAUACAUGGUAUCAGAUUCACAGAAUGCUAAACCUAAUACUUCUAUUCCUGUUAAUGAAAAAGAGGAAUACUGCAUAAUGUUAAAAGGAAGGCUGAAUAACCAUACAUUGCUAUAUAGUGCUGAGGUUGAUGGAGAAGACCCUUCUUAUUAUCGCCAUCCUGGAAGUGAUCCUAAUUCCACCAGACGUUACAUGGAAUUGAAAACUUCUAGAAUUAUAACUAAUGAGAGACAAGAUUUGAACUUCUGUAGGUACAAACUUCUGAAAUGGUGGAUUCAGUCUUUUCUGGUUGGUAUUCCUAAAGUCAUCUGUGGUUUUCGUGAUGAUCAAGGAAUUGUUCGAAAUUUAAAAGUAUUUCAUGUGAAAGAAAUGCCAAGAAUGGCUGAGAAUCUGUGGUCCCCAGCUGCUUGUUUGAACUUUUGUUCUCAAUUUCUGGAUUUUGUAAAACACUGUGUUGUGAAAGAUGAUCCACAUGUUGUAUAUAAGUUUUACUGGAAACCAGGCAGCGAUAUAACAUGUGAAGAAUUGUCAUCACCUUCUGAAUAUCAGAUAUUACCUGAAUGGUUCAUAUCUGAAUUUAAUAUCUAAAAGUAAUUUUAUUAUGUUUGCAAUGUAAAAUUCACCUAACAUUUUAUCAUUAUAGACAGUUCUACUGGAAAAAAUAAGUUUGCCAUUUACGUUAUGGACUUUUAUGUACCAUAAAGUGCCAGAAAAACUUGUAUGUCACUCUAAUACUUCUUAGAUUUACAACAGGUGAACAAAAUAACAGAAAUAGGCCAUGCUGUAGAUUCCCUGAGCUUGCAGAAAUAUUUUUGAGGCUAUAAAUUUCCUACUUCCUGCAGAGCAAUCCACAAUUCUGUUAUAUACCGAGAUGUAAGAUUUCUGUAUUCUGCUGCUUCCAGUGUAUCAUCCCAGAUGUAUUUAAAAACAUUGAGAUAUGUUGACCUACAAGGGCAUAGCAGCAACCUGAAUUAACAUUCUUUUAAUCAUAAUUUGACAUCUCUAAGUUUGUCUAGAGGUAUCUUGACUUGUUGGAAAAGACAAAACUCAAUGAAUGCUAGAUGUUCAUCAAAAGGAUGUACACAUAAUAUUUAAAUAUUAGAUACAUUUAUAGAUGUAUCAGGAAAGCCUUGGAAUAUCAGGUAUAUAAACUAUACCAUAUUAGAGCUUGUGUUGGCCCUUGUUGGCAUGCAAGACAUAUGGAGAUUUUCUUGACUCAUGGAUUGUUCUAUCUGCUAAAACAAUUAGGCUGAUCAGACAGCUACUCAUUUCUAAUUAUCAGGUACCUGGUGGCAAUACUUCCCUGCUCAAGUUAUAUGCAUGCAGGUACAAUGUAUUUCUUAGUGGUAUAUAAACUGGACAUAGCUAUCUUAUAGGGACUAUUUAAUGGCUCUCAUACUGAUGAUCUUAUAUUGAGGCUUCAACACUAAAUUCAGAUAUAUCUUCAGAUAGUGAUGCAUGUCUAUCAUAUGAGACUAAUUAAUCCUUAUAGCUGGUGUUGGUCACAUUCAUUAAACGAUUUUUAUGCUGUUGAUUGUAAGUUUCAGACUUUGCCAGACCUUUUUUACAAUGUCCCCUUAAAAUGUCAUCCAUGAAAGUUAAAACUUCACUUUUGCUUGUAUAAUUUUAGUACAAUCCAUUUCAUAAAAUGAAUUGUAUUCAUAUGCCUUAAAUAAUGAUAACUUGUUGUUAUCAUGAAGGAACAGCUUUAGAAGAUUGCAUAGAUAUUUAUCACUUUAUACACCUAACCUAUAGUAUGCAUUGGUGACACUGUUAACUGCUCUUGAAUGAUUCCCCUGAAAUGUUUUUCACAAAUUACAUCUCAUCAUCAUACUCUAGCAACCAAUACCACUAUUAACAAAGCUAUUAAUAAUAGCUCCAGCUAACAGUUGCCAGUUUUUCUGGCAUUUUAACCUUCAUGUUUCUUAGAAAAAGAUGCAAUAAAGAUUUUUACAUUUAAAUUUCAUUCUUUAUCACUUUUUAAAUUGAAGAUUUGACUAUAUUUGCACUUCAUAAGAAUUACAAUAGUAUGUAGUUUUACAAUACUCUCUGUAAAUAAUGAAAGGAAAAUUUGCCAAAAGCUAGUUAUAAUAGCUAGUUUUACGGUGCAAUUUUGAUAUAGGUUGGUCAAGUCAUUUUGUUGUUUUCAUGUAUAAAUAUGCUAAUGAUGCAGUUAAAAAUUAUUUCAAAGAAUUGUAUGAUACCAAUAUUUGUUAUGAUUUGUACACCAAAUAAGAAUAAGCUUUAUUUUUUUUAAUAUAAAUUUGAUUUUGAUUGAUAUAUGCAAAUAUACCAAAAUAAUAAAUAUUUUAACUGUAAUUCCUUUCUACAAAUGUGGAUCAUUUUUGUUUGUAAGAACAAAGUUAGACUUCGUUUUCUUGUAUGAUUUUGGUGUAUUUUCUGUAAUUUUGGGGAAAGCACUUGCCAUCAUACCUGAUGACUUGCAAAUACUUUUUUAUAUACUUUUUUAUUUUAUUGAACAUUUUAGCUAAAAUAAUAACUUUUUGUAAUUUUUAAAACACAUAUUUAUGUGUUAGAAACUAGUUAAGUAAGGUGUAGAGUUCAUUUUGACUAUAUGAUAAUUAAUGUGCAAUUUGUGUGUGUGUGUUGCAUAGCUGAAUAAAUAUUAUUAUUAUUUUUUUCCAUAAGUUUUUCAAUCAAAAAGUCCAUUUUUGUAUAUGCGGGGGUUUUCUGAGUUCUGUUGUGCUUUGAUGAAGGUUUUUCUUUUCUUUCUUUCUUUUCUUUCUUUCUUUCUUUUCUUUUUUUUUUUUUUUUAAUUCUUUUA